AGUAUAUAUAUCAACAUUCAACAAUCACCGAACAGUUAAUUCUAAAGUAAAUAAGAUAUCAAAAGUGUCCAAUCUUUCUCGAUUCACAAAUAGUUUUCAGUAUCUUAACUAGGCGUAAAUUUUAAAAGUAAUCGUGUAGUAUAUGUCAAGUGUUUUUUUUUAAAUACUAAUAUUGAAGAAUAUUAAAAUGACGCAAGCUCGUCUUGCCUCCUGUAUUCCUUUGCCUUUGGAGCAUAAAUUGCUAGUCACCGUGAUAGAAAAAGCCAAAGAUUGGGCGUUAAUGCAUGGUGUCGGUAUGAGAGACAGGAAGCACUUUACUAAAGAUUCAAUACAAAUAGCACCGUUUGUCCUCCUGCCAUCACCUUUUCCACGAACAGAAUUCAACAAAGCAAUUGAACUACAGCCUAUCCUAAAUGAACUGAUGCAUAAGGUUUCACAUGAUGACGAAUUUCUUGAACACACCCUACAAAACACUCUCCAAGUUGACGAGUUCACUGCAAAACUAUUCGAAAUAUGGGUGAAGGUCAAAGAAGAAGGCAUUACACAGCCGAUAUCACUAGGGAUGCUGAGGUCAGACAUCAUGCUGGAGUCAAGGUGUCCGCACACAGAGAACCAGUGUGCGAAACACACGCCAUAUUGUUCAUGGAAACAAGUGGAGAUCAACAGUAUUGCGUCCGGUUUCGGCCAUCUUGGGCCAGUGUCGCGAGAGAUUCAGAGUCGCUCAGCCUCGGCCUCUUCCGCUCGGACUAUCUAAUGCAGUAUCCCGAAGGAAACAAGAUAAAACAAGUGGAGUUUAACACGGUGGCAUCGAGUUUUGGCGCCAUCUCGUCGACCCUCCCCGACAUGUCUCGCUAUAUUCUCCGUCAAUUAGGACAAGGCGAUCUGAUUAAAAGUAUGCCUGAAAACCGCGCUUUGUCUGGCCUCUGUUCUGGUAUAAUCGAAGCAUACGAUUUAUUCGGCGUACCCUCCGCCGUUGUACUCUUCGUGGUCGAGGAGAUCUCGUACAAUAUAUGCGACCAGAGGUUUCAUGAAUUCGAGAUAUCCGAAAAAAGGCCUGAUAUUAUGAUUUAUAGAAAAACACUCAAUGAAAUAUUCGAAGAGACGACGCUGAAUGAUAAGAAACAACUUAUGCUGGAAGGUUCUCCAGUGGCCGUCGUCUAUUACAGGUCUGGUUAUGAACCAGCUCAGUAUCCCUCCUCCAAGGAAUGGGACGCGAGGCUUCGUGUCGAGAGAUCUUCGGCAGUGAAGUGUCCGUCGAUCCACUACCAGCUGGCCGGCACGAAGAAGGUGCAGCAGGCGCUGGCGGCGCCCGGCGUGCUGGAGCAGUUCGUGAGCGCCGCCGACACCGAGCGCGUGCGGGACAUCUUCACCGGACUCUACUCGCUGGACUUCGACGAGAGCGGCGAGCGCGCCGUCGACAUGGCGCUCGAGGACGCCGAGAGGUUCGUGCUGAAGCCGCAGCGCGAGGGCGGCGGCAACAACCUGUACGGCGCCGACGUGCGCGCCGCGCUGCUGCGCAUGCGCCGCGCGCGCGAGCGCGCCGCCUACGUGCUCAUGGAGCGCAUCCGGCCGCCCACGGUAGAGGGGUAUGUGGUGCGGCCCGGGGGGGCGGUGCCGCCGCCCGUUACCGACCUCGUGUCGGAGCUGGGCAUCUUCGGAGUCAUCAUUGGGACAAGAGACAAAAUCUACUGCAACCGUCAAGCGGGACACAUGCUCCGGACCAAACUAGCGGAUGCCAACGAGGGCGGAGUCGCCGCGGGGCUCGGGGCUCUCGACUCGCCGUAUUUACUCGAUAUGUAAAUAAACCAUUUCAUGUAAUAAAAUCAACAACAAAAAAGGAAAAAAAUGGUACUGUUUUUCAAAUUUGAGAUAUAAAUUUUGUUUUUUAUUGUCGCUAUAUACAUUAUUAUCUUUAAUAGACUGAAUUUAAAUGCAAUACUUAUUUAAUAAAUAUAAAUUAACAGUUAUUAAAUAUAAAUAUGUACUUAGCAAAUUAUUUUUAUAUUUAGAUAUGUAUAUUAAAAUUAAAGCAUUAAAUAUAUUUUCUAUCCAUGUAUGUUGUUUAGCGGGUGGUUAGUAAAACAGUGCUGUCUUCUUCAUUCGAAUGACAAAUCAAUGAUGUCAGAAAGAGAGAAUAGUAUAUAACUAAGCAUCCACUACAUUAUGUUUAUGAGUAAAGCCGUUAGUAUUUAACAUUCCAAUGUGUGUAUACUAAAUAAAUGACUAUAUAUAAAUAUAUAUUUAAUGUAAAACUAAAUUAAGGUCUUGUGUUUUGUAACUGGUGUUAAGUUUUAAAUGUUUUACCAAAUUUUUCAACGUGCGUUUUUAGGCAUAUUGGCCUUUCAGCUAGUAUAUAAUAGAAUCUAAUUUUGAUUACACUUUUUUGGCUAGGUUAUCAGCUCGUUGCAUCAUUUAGGGCAAUGUGACCAAUAAUAUUGGGUACUGAAAUACUGGGUUGCAUUUCAAAUGUACAGUUUUUAUAUAACUUACAUCAAUACCAAUAUUAUUUUGAUGAUUUUGUGGCUUUUGAUUAAAAUUCAUAUUGUCCGAUACAUUUAAGUGUAUUUGUUAUAUAUUUCUUUGUUAUAUGGCUUGUUAUAUAAAAUUUUAAUAAUUUCGUUCAGUUAAUAUUCAGAUAUUGUAUUUUAUAAAGGAGAUACAUUAUAGCAGAGAUCAUCUACGGUGCUAUUUGUAUAACAACAUACAAAUUAUUUUGUAAAUUUUAUAAUGGAAUACAUAAA